AUGGUGUAUGCGAAGGGAAAAGAGGUCCGGAGUGGUCUUGAAGGCGUCGUGAGCAGCAGCAGCAACGAUGACCGGAGGCGAUUUAAUUCCUUAAGCAGCGUUUAUCUUUUUUCCCUAUUCUCAUCGUCGAGACCUCCAGUGGUUCUCUCGGUUCCAGAACCACGAGCUGCUAAGACACAGGUAUACACGAAGGAAGUAGAACAGAUGAAUGCUUUAAAUAGGAGAUAUAGAAAUCGAUGGGGGAAAGGAAAAGAAGCACAACAAAAUGAGGAUACUAAAGAGGGUUCGUUGACAGGGGACAACGAAGAAAAGGGAAAGAGUGCAGCAUUGCCGAAGGAGAAGAUAGGGGAUAGCAGCGGAGUUAGGUGUUUGAGUUAUUAG